AUGUAUCCAUAUCAACCUCAUCAUGGCAUGUCUCAUCCAUAUGCCUCUCCUCAAGAGAUUCCAAACCCCUAUCAAGGCUUAUCUCACCAUGAACAGCAACAUCAACAAGUUUUGAUGAUGCAACAACAACAACAAUUGGCUCCGGGUCAGGUCGUUGUUGUUCAAACAACCACCACCACUUAUCAUCAACAACCUGUUUAUCCUAUGCCAUAUGGAGCCAUGUAUUCUGAUCAAUUCUCCAUGAUGAUGAAUCAAAGCUAUGAACCUCCUCAGUCAUUGGACCAAUUGCCUUUCUUUAGCUCUGUUUCAUCAUCAGUUCAGGAUAAAAAGACAGAGGUUGAACCGGUGUUGUUUAACUUUGACAAUCUCGUGGUUGAUGCGCUAAUUCCUAAUUAUUUACCAGCGUACUGCUUGCAGCAGAAGCAGAAUACUGAGAACAACACAGUUGUAAAUAACACAAAUGUCAACAACACAAAUAAUUCAACACUUGUGGACAACCUAACCACUACAAAGGUUCAAAACAACUCUGUCAAUUUCAAUCCAGUCAACACAAUUUCUAAACAAUCUAUUACUAAUGUUAUUGAGAAUAACAAUGUCACAAUCAACAACACUAAAAAUGUCACUAACCAAGUCACAAAUAUCACCAACGUCACCAGUAAGGUUGUUCCAAGCACUCCAACAGUUUCUGUAAAUACUUUAACAAACACAGACACUCAGAAAAAAGCAGUAACUUGCGAAGUCGUCAAAAAGGUAGUUAAUAACUCAACCACCAAUACAUUGGUUGAAACAAAGGAUGUCAAAAAGGACGACAAGGUAGUUAAUAACACUUCCACUGUUGUUAAAACAAUUAAGGAUGUCAAGAAUAUCUCUACCACCAACACGUUGGUUGAAAAUAAGGACAUCAAUCACCAUGUAACGAUCAACAAUUCAAAGACUGUUGAAACAAAUAUCAUCGCCACCAACAAUGCUUCUCCGGUUACAACAACAACCCACACAAGCACAUCAGUUCCAAAACCAACUAAGGAGGUAGUUUCUCAAAAAACAACGUCUGAGUUAAACACUACUUCCAGUUCUGUGGUCAACACAUCUACCAACAUUUCCACUUCUGAAGUUACCAUCUCAAACAUUAGUACUAAUGUUGUAAACAACAUUAACAACAUAACAAACGUGGUGAACAACGUUGUCAAAAAUUCGGUUGUGAACAAUGAGAUUGAUAAGACUACCAGCAUAAACAAUAUCAAUUCUCAAACAAAGGAUAUCCAAAAUCAAUCGGGCACAACACAAGAGACUGUCAUGAACUCUGUUAAGGUUGAAAAUACAAAGAAUAUUUUCGUCACCAACAAUAUUAGCAACACCACCAAUAACACGACCGUGAAUAAUAUUACAAACACGUGCGUGGAUACCAAAAAUGUAACAGCUCAGCAGAACGAUUGUUCUAAACCUCAAAGAAAGUGGGUGAUUGAAACAACGAUUGAGAAUUUCAAAAAUAAUUUCUCCCAUCUAUCAGGUGUUUCUCCGUUAUAUUUAUCAACCUUGUCAACCCUUGAGAAAUACCAAAGUACUCUAAGAAAAACCUUGGAGAUGGCGACUGGUGAAAAUGUCGAAAAGUUUACCGCUCUAGCGAUUCAAUGUGACAAUGAAUUUGAAAAGAGUAUGGGUUGGUUGGAAAGAACAAUUGUCAUGCUUGAAAGAGAAAAAGUUGCUUUCAUGAACUGGACUGAAAACAAAAAUUUGCCAAACUUUUUGAAUAUGACUGUAGAGCAAUUGAUCGAACAAUGCAAAAAAUUACCUUCACAUCCGAAAUUUGAUGAGUCCGUGAAAACCUUAAUCGAUUAUUUCCAAAGAUAUGGCAAGUUAGUACAAUAUUUGGUCCUUCUCCGUUACUAUUACACUUCCAUUCACAAGAAAUAUGAUCCUCCAAAAAUAGUGUUGGCCAGAACUGAAAAGUGUUCGGUCUCCAAAAUGUACAAUGAUAAUGACUUUGACCAUACUUGGGACGCCCUAAAAUCCAGCGUUUCAUAUUGGCUGAGACCAUGUCAGUUCAGUGACAAGCCUGUGCUAUUCGAAAAUGACACCCUUGAUGUGAAUCGAAUCCGAAAAGGUCUCAUCAACAAUGCCUAUUUCAUUUCUGCAGUAAUCGCGGCUGGCCAAAAGAGCCCUGAAGCCAUCAAGCGAAGAUUUGUGGAAGAUGAUUUCGUUGGUGGGCGUCACACAGUGAAGCUAUUCAAUAGCCAAAACCGUGAGAAAUUUGUUACUGUCGAUGAUUGUUUCCCAAUUGAAUACUUGGGAAAACCCAUUGCAACAAGCUCUUCAGUUCCAAACGAGUUUUGGCCACACAUCUUGGAGAAAGCUUACGCAAAGAUGCUUGGAGGUUAUCACUUGUAUUGUCAUGGAGGAAAUCCAGGCUCAGUGCUUCAAGCAGUUUUUGGCUGCAAGGAGUCCAUCAAGCUUAGUCUUGGAAAAAGCGCAAACGCUAAUGAAAUUUGGCCGAAAUUGCAGGAAGAGCAUAACAAAGGAAGCAUUAUGAUGGUAUACACCAAUUCCGGUUAUAAUGAAAAUACUGAAAAUGAUUGUCACGCCUAUGUCGUACAACAAGUUAUCGAGAUUAAGGAUAACUCAAACGUGGUUCACCGUUUGAUCAAGCUAUUCAACCCUUGGGGCUUGGCUUACUCUUCCAAUAGUGCAGGAGAAUCAGCUCUUGAGAAGGCAUACGCAUUAAUGGAGUGGAAAGGUCGGUACAGUGAUGGUGACUCAAAUUGGAAUGAUUUUUGA